CUAGGCUUUAGAUUAGUCAUGUGAAGAAGGCGUGGUCUUGGCUCAGGAGAGGUAGCUGUUGUCUGGCAGAGCGGCCACGGCGUGCCUUUGAGUUUGGCUGGAUAAUUUAUUAGUUUUAAAUAUUUUAGAUAUGGACAUGCACAAGCCCAUGAACAGCAACCAGACUUCACCCUCUCUGAUGUUGUCCAAUGGAUACAUUCUGCCUGAGGGCAAACUGACUCCCAACACCCUCUUUGUUGGUGGAAUUGACAUGAAGGUGGAUGAAAAGGAAAUGCGGGACUUCUUUGCCAGAUAUGGUGCUGUCAAGGAAGUGAAAAUUAUCACAUACCGUGGAGGGAUCUGCAAAGGGUAUGGGUUUGUGUACUUCAGUGAAGAUGUCAACAUUCAGUCAAUCAUUGAGCAACAGAUCAGUUUUAAAGGCCGAAAACUCAAACUGGGUCCAGCCAUCAUGAAAGAAAGGAGCUCUCGGUACAUGCCGUCCCAUCUGGUUGGUCCAGCUCCUUGGAUGAGCCCCACCCAGUACUUCUACUGUUCUUGCUGCUCAUCCAUGGGAGGGAGUGUAGCACAACCUUCAUCCAUCAUCAGUGGAGGCAGCCCCUACAAUCAGCCGUACUCCUAUUCCAACUUUGGAGGGUUUGUAAUUCCGCAGGUGCCAGUGAACUACGCACAGAACAGCUAUGCCUACCAGUAUGCUCCACCUCGCUGGAUUGCAGACCAGAGGACACAGCCUAUCGAUCAGCAAGCUCAUUUUGGUAAUGUUGCACCCCAUUUCCAGAGCUUUGUGGACUGUGGAGUCCAGACUAUGUUGACUGUGCUGUAGACCACAGCUACACAGCCUCCUGCCAGGCUACAGCAAGUCAAAAUGCAGACAGGAUAACCAUUUCAUGUCUUGGAUUCAGCUUGUCAGACUGAUUUCAGUAUGCCCUCCUUUCUCCUCCCCUCAAUUUCUGAGACCCAUUUUAACACCAGACUGCAGGAGCUCACAAGUUUAACUGUACUAGUUUGAUCAAAGUCGCUUUGACUGUGACUGGUAGGGUCGAGCUGUGGUCAGCCGCUUUUAACUCACACAGAUCAUAGAAAAAGUUGCACGGGAAGCGCAGAGCACCCUCACCAUACCAGCUGAUGCACUGACUCACAUAAUCUUUUUUUGUUUCCCUUUGUUAUUUAUCUAAAACUAAAGAUAGAAAAAACUUUUAAGAUCACCCUUUUUGCCUGUUUAUGUUGUUUUGCUAUUUAUUUUCAGAAAUUAUUUUAAGUGUUUGUUUGAUUUGGCUUUCUUUAGCUUUUGCAAGGGAUCUCUGUACAUAAAUGCUGUCAGUAUGUUAACAGUGUCUUUACAGAAAUCUGGUUUCAGCACUGGAGUAUGCUUCUUUAACUCCAGUGGAGAUCUAAUGUACCUUUGACUAGUUUUCAUUAACCUAUCUGUUACAGUAUAAGGGCUUUCGGCUAUUCCAUUAAUUUCAAGCACUCACAUUUAUAUUGCUUUCUAUUUUAUUUAAUUGUGUGUCCAUUUGGGAUGGUAAACAAAAACUUUUCAGUUUCACAGUUUUUAUUAUUAUUAUUUUUACUAUUAUUGUUAUUUUGUUUGUUUUGGGCAAACACUGGAUAUUUCAAGUUGAUCUCCACUGUUUCACACUCGAGGACAAUCAAGGCAUCAAUUUAGUUUCUCAUUACUCAAUCAACUUAUUUGGAGAGAAAGUGGAAAGCAGUUUUAAUCCACUUAGAAAA